UUUCUCUUCGAAUUCGAUUUGAAUUAGCAUUUUUAUCAAAAAUGAGGCUAACAAUCUUCUAAACCCUUUUGUGCUAAAAAUCUUCGAAAUUUAUCCAAAAAAUUCGAUCUUUUCUUCCUUUUUUGGCCCAAUAUUCUAUAUCCCAAUGUUUGUAUUAUUAUUUUUUAGAGUAGUGGUCAAAUUUCUAAGGUCAGAUAGUUAUUUGGGGAUUUUGCAGAAAUGGGUUCUUUUGAAGGUAUAAGAAUGGUGUAUAGAAAUCUACUAAAAGCAGUGGAAAAGCAUAUAGGGAAGGAAGAACACAAGGUUCAUUUCACUGACUUCAUAAGGGAAGAGUUCAGGAAGAACAGAAAUCUUGAAUACCCAAAAGACUCUUCUUUUAUCCAACAAAGAAUUAACCUUGCUCAAAAUUACACUUACCUUCUCAACAGUGUCCACCAUCAUAAGGACCUAUUAUUUUCUUACAACAUUGCAGUGGAUAGAUCCAAUGAGAUGAAGAAAGUGCUGGGUAAAUCUGCUGCAAGUGUGGGUCUCCGCCUUCCUGAUGUUUAUCAGUCUUGAAAGUUGCACAUGUAUCACGUUGAAGGUGGUUUCAGAUAAUUCCAUAUGGGGUUGAAAAACUUGCCAAAAGCAAAUGAAUUUUGUUGGUAAUUCUGAUGUUACAGUGUUAAACUUUUGUUUUAAACUAUACUCUGGGGAAAAUAAACUGUCCUAAUGCUCUGAGUAGCUUAUUUUGUUCAAACAGCACAUGGCUCUACAAAAUACUAUUAUAAUCUCUUGUGCGUGUGAAGUAUUGGGCCUAUAUUUUGGUGA